AUGGAGACGCUAGAGAGAAUUCAACCAAACAGGCAAGUGAUGGCCUUUAUUUUGAUGGUGUUCUUGUCUCGGGCUCGCGCCGAGCCUAUGCGUUAUUCUGUGGUGGAAGAAACAGAGAGUGGUUCCUUUGUAGCCCAUCUGACCAAAGAUCUGGGCCUGGGAAUUGGGGAACUGGCCGCCAGGUCGGCCCGGGUGGUGUCUGAUGAUGACAAGCAGCGCUUGCAGCUGGAUCGUCAGACCGGAGAUUUGCUUUUGAGGGAGAAACUAGACCGGGAAGAGCUAUGUGGCCCUGUUGAACCGUGUGUACUGCACUUCCAAGUGUUCCUCGAAACGCCGGUUCAGUUUUUUGAAGGAGAGUUAUCAAUCCAGGACGUAAAUGACCACUCCCCAGUGUUCCCGACUAGGGAAAUGCUCUUGAAAAUACCGGAAAACAGCCAGCCAGGGACUCUGUUUCCGUUGAAACUAGCUCAGGAUUUAGAUGUGGGCAGCAAUGGUCUUCAAAAAUACACUCUCAGCCCCAAUUCUCAUUUUCAUGUACUAACUCAAAAUCAUAGUGAGGGCAAGAAAUACGCAGAUUUGGUGCAGGACAAAGCGCUGGAUCGAGAGGAGCAGUCUGAGUUCAGCUUAACCCUCACGGCACUGGAUGGUGGGUCUCCGCCUAAGUCUGGCACCAUGAUAGUGCAAAUCCUGAUCAUAGACGUCAAUGACAAUGCUCCAGAGUUUGUGCACACCCCAUAUGAGGUGCAGGUCUUGGAAAACAGCCCCCUAGGCUCCCCAGUACUUAGUGUCUCAGCUAGAGAUAUAGAUGCUGGAAACUUCGGGAGUGUUUCAUAUAGCUUGUUCCAAGCAUCAGAUGAAAUUAAACAAACUUUCUCAAUAAAUGAAGUCACAGGAGAAAUCCGAUUGACAAAGAAACUGGAUUUUGAGCAAAUUAAAUCUUACCACGUGGAAAUUGAGGCUAUAGACGGAGGAGGCCUUUCUGGAAAAGGCUCUGUAGUCAUAGACGUGGUGGAUGUGAACGACAACGCCCCUGAACUUACCAUAACUUCACUCACCAACUCCGUCCCAGAAAAUGCGCCUGAGACUGUAGUCUCUGUCUUCAGAAUUCGGGAUCGAGACUCUGGAGACAAUGGGAAGAUGAUUUGCUCUAUUCCAGAUGAUCUGCCGUUCCUUCUGAAACCGACUUUCAAGAAUUUCUACACCCUAGUAACAGAGAGCCCCCUCGACAGAGAGAGUCAGGCCGAGUACAACAUCACCAUCACCGCCACCGACCUGGGGACCCCCAGGCUGAAAACCCAGCACAAC